AUCAUAAAACUUAAUACAUGUGUCCCAACAGAUGAGCAGUGUAGACUGUUUUUCUAGAAUUCUUUGAUAUUGUAAAGGUAUUUAGCCAUGAUUUUGUAGUUCCAUACAUCUAAAGAAUUGUCACAGUUUGUUCCAAUUUGAAUCCAUCAUGGAGAAAGUAAGCAAGGAUGCCCGCUUCUCACACAUCACUAAAGAUCUACGAUUUCGGAGGAUGUCAAAAAACACACAGAAAGUUAAAAUUGACAAACGCUUUAAAGACAUGUUUACAGACAAACGCUUUAAGCUGAAGUAUUCUGUGGAUAAGAGAGGAAAACCAAUGAAUACAACAACUAACGAGAACCUGAAGAAUUAUUAUGAGUUGUCAGACAGUGAUGACAGUGACGAUGACAAUGAAGACAACAGCGAAGAUGACAGUGAAGAUGACAGUGAAGGCGAUGUUAAGGCAGCAGAGAAAUCAGGCAAUCAAGCAAGGUCUAAAACUAAAGAAACAACAAAAUUACUAAAGGACAAUUUUAAGAAAGGCUUGAAUAGCGAUUCCGUGAAAAAAGAAAGUGUGUCUGGUAAAAAGAAGAAUAAACAAAAAGUGACAGAUUCAGGGAAGAAGAAAAAGAAAACAAAGGAAGUCAGAAGUGAUUCAGAAAAAGAGGAUGUUAUAGAUCAAAACUCUAAAAAGACCUCAAAGAAAAAAGUCAUGAAAGAUAGGAAGAAAGCAGAAAUUAAGGUGACAGAGGAGGAUGAUUCUUCUUCUGAUGAGGAGGAGGACCAGAGAGAGGAGGAAAUCGCAUCUGAGGAAAACUCGGAGGAUGAAGACUCAGGUUUAGGGGAAGGCCCUGAUCUGGCUCGAGGAGAAGGUAACGUGGAGACGUCGUCAUCCGAGGAAGAUGAUGAAAGUGAAGAGGAAGAAGAAAAUCAGGAAGAGUUUGACCACGGUUGGGGGGAGCUGGAUAAAGACGUUGACAGGACAGAGGAGCUAGGACACCGACUGGCUGUGUGUAACAUGGACUGGGACAGAAUCAAGGCCCAGGACAUCUUCGUUUUACUGCAUUCAUUUGUACCAACAGGAGGCAGCAUCAGAUCAGUCAAGGUUUAUCCCUCAGAGUUUGGUCUACAAAGGAUGAAGGAGGAGGCAUUGUCAGGGCCGACAGAACUGGUCCAGGACAAACGAGAGAAUCCUCCCGAAGCAGAGGGGGAGGAGGAGGAUUAUGAGGAGAGUCAGGGAACCCGUUACCAUAGGGAGAAAUUACGUCGUUAUCAACUCAAUCGACUGAAGUAUUACUACGCUGUGGUGGAGACAGACUGUAUAGAGACGGCCAGUAAGAUUUAUGAGGAGUGUGACGGAAUGGAAUACGAGUCCAGCUCAACUAAACUAGAUCUAAGAUUUAUACCAGAUGACAUGGAGUUUACAGAGGAAUCUAAGUCCGUGUGUACUGAGAUGCCUGCUGCCUACAAUCCCUCAUUGUUUGUGUCAACUGCCCUGGCCCAGUCAAAGGUGAAUUUAACUUGGGAUGAAACAGACCAGGACCGAAUCAAAGUGACCAUGAAUAACUUGUCACAAAGGAAGAAGACGGAUGAUGUCAAUGAGGAGGACUUCCGGGCUUAUCUGGCGUCCAGCUCCGAGGAAGAGGAAGAUAAUGAUGAAGAUCGUCCUGUUGAUGAUGAUGACAAUGAUAAUGAAGAUGACAAUGAGGAGAGACAGAUACAGAAAUAUCGCAGUCUACUCCAGUCGUUAGAUGAUGAUAAAGACCAGAAGAAAAAGAAAGAGGUCGAAAUGGAGGUCACAUGGGAACCAGGUUUAAAAGAGACAACAGAGAAGAUUGUGAAACACAAGGAAAAGAUGAAAGUUCAGACUCCAUGGGACCAGUAUCUGAUGAAGAAAAAAGAGAAGAGACAGAGAAAGAGAGAAGAAAGAUUGAACAGAAAAAUGACAAGUGAUAAAAAACCCGAGGAGAAGGCAGCCUUCAGUGAUGACGAUCUACCCACUGGGGUAGACGAGGAUCCAUUCUUCAAUCAGAAUCUGAACAGUGAUGAGGAAGUAGAGAGAAAGCCAAAAGCUGAGUCAAAGAAGACAAAGAAGAAAAAAAGGAAGGAGAAAACAUCAAAGUCAAUGACUAAAGAUGGAGAGGGUGAACUGGAACUUCUGAUGAUGGAUGAAGAAAUUGACAACAGAAAACAUUUCAAUCUGAAGUCAAUCAUGAAAAACUCAAACAAAAAGAAGAAAUUAUCAGGGGAUCAGAAACCAGAGGGAGAUUUUCAGAUGAAUGUGAAGGAUGACAGAUUUACCGCCAUUUUUGAUUCCCAUCUAUACAACAUUGAUCCAUCGGCACCAGAAUUUAAAAAGACUAAAUCAAUGGAGGCCAUUAUUGAAGAGAAACUGAAACGAAGGACAUCAGAAAAAACGCAGAAAACUGUCAGUGGACAAAAACGGAAAUCAGAGAGUAACAGUAUUUACACUGGACACUCGGGGAAAUCUGGGAAGGCAGACUCAGACAGCAUAUCAUCUCUUAUUCACUCUGUUAAAUCUAAAACACUGACAUUUCAGAACAAGAAGAGGAAAAAAUAA